GGGUUACAAGCCAGGACGGAUCCAGAAUUUUUCUGAGAUGGGUGUCCGGUAUAGGAUAGCAAGCCUAGCGUAGCAUGCUAAGAUUGAACUUGAGGGGGGGAGGGGUCAGGACUGCGGUACGUGCGGACCCCCAACCCCCCAACGAUCUGCCCCCGCUCCAGAUACCAGACACUACAUGAGCUGCAGCGGUAGUAGCGCUACGGCUCUGCUCUAUUAGCAUCUAAUAGUCAGUAAAGUAAGCAGAAACACCCAAUAACUGGCUGGCGCGCGGCAGAUCACGUGACGCGCACGUUGUCAUUUUUGUUUGUUUUUGUUUCUUUUUGUACACAUGUAUGCCCGCACCACCCGCAUGCUCUCCGUGGUAACCGCUCACUUCAAUGUUCACAACGUGUACGUUAGUUAGCGACGACGCAAGCCGUCCGAAUAUCAAGUUAGCUUAUGGGGAAGAACUUAUUAUUGGGAGAUGCCGGGAAACUCGCAUAAGAGAUAGACGGUGCUCCAAGAGGCAAGUUAAAGUACUGGCUGAUUUCAGCAACGGAACUGUUACAAUCACACAGCUUGGGCCAAACUCAGCCAAAGUGCUGUCCAAACUUCUGCAUUGUGGUGAAAGUGCAAUCAUAAAGGAUGGUGACAAGUUCAGUUUACUACCUGAUGGAAUUUCAUACACUGUGAAAUACGAAAGACCAGCACAGGAUGCUAUGGAUGCUCAUAAUCCCCUCAGAAAGCCCUUGCCUACAACAAUAAAUAAGGGAGUGCUGUCAUCAGAAAAGGAUGGCGUAUCUACUAAACGGAAAUCUGAAAGCACGGACUAUGAACCUCCUUGCAAGAAGUCUGCUAAAGAUGUGAGUAAUAGCUGUGAUACAAGGACUGAACAUGUUACCGAAGCAUCUUGUCAGUUCUCCAGCAUGAGAGCUGACGGUGAAAGUGGUUCUAGUGUAAGACCGCCUUCAAAAACUUCUGGCGUUGUCUCAGAGUUUGGCUGGACACGUAUACCUGAACAUCAUGUUCUACUGUUUAGAUCUGAGGGGCUACAACAUAGUUCUAAGAUUGCAGCAUUUGAUCUUGACGGGACAAUUAUUACAACAAAGUCGGGCAAGGUGUUUCCCGUAGAUGUAAAGGACUGGAAGUUGCUAUAUUCUGAAGUUCGGACAAAGCUGAAAAGUCUCGCUGAGGAAGGUUACAAAAUUGUUGUGAUCACUAAUCAAAGAGGUGUCGCCAAGGGUUACAGCAAUGAGGCUGCAUUUAUGGGAAAGCUUGAAAAAAUUCUUGAGCACCUAAAUAUAAACGCACAAGUGUACGUCUGCUUUGGGCUCGGUUUCUUCAGGAAACCUGUGCCUGGUGUCUGGAGACAUUUAGAAACAGAAGGAAAUGGAAACAUUCCUAUUGACAUGCAAGAGUCCUUCUAUGUUGGAGAUGCUGCUGGUCGACAGGCAAACUGGGAACCUAGAAGGAAAAAAGAUUUUUCAUCUUCUGAUAGAUUGUUUGCUCUCAAUGUAGGACUAAGAUUUCAUACCCCUGAAGAAUUUUUUUUGAAGAAGUCUCCAGCAAAAUUUGAAUUGCCAUCAUUUGAUCCUCGCAAUUUGCCAAAUCUGCCCUUAGCAGAAGUUGUAUCAUCCCAGAAGACAGUGGAGAUGAAGGUGCUCACAGAAUCUGAGCAAUUGCUAAAGGACCAUAAAGAGGUGGUAAUCCUUGUAGGAUUUCCAGCAUCUGGGAAAACACACUUUGCAAAACACAAUUUUGUGUCAAAGAAAUAUGUCCACAUCAAUAGGGAUAUACUUGGCUCCUGGCAAAAAUGUGUCAGUGAGUGUGAAAAGGCACUGAGCAGUGGGCACAGUGUGGUUAUAGAUAACACCAGUCCUGAUGUAGAAAGCCGCAAAAGGUUCACAACUGUGGCAAAGAAGUUUAAUUGUGAGUGCAGAUGUUUGAUCUUGAACUGCACUCUUGAGCAGGCCAAGCACAACAACAAGUUUCGGGAACUGCACCUCAAAGGCCAGGAGCAUGUGCCAGUUACAGACAUGGUGUUGUACAGCUACAGGAAGAAGUUUGAGGAGCCACGUCUGUCAGAAGGUUUUGCUGAAAUUCUGAAGGUCAACUUCAUUCCACAAUUUUCAAGCCCAGAUGAUGAAAAGUUGUAUAGACAAUUCCUCAUUGAUAAAUGACCUGUUUUUCCUGAA